AGAAACGGAAUCGGCAGCUGUAAAUAAAGCGGGAAAUUACCUAAACAAGAGAACCAUAAAAUGGCCAGCGUAAAUGAUAAGUUUGUUAGAAGCCGUCAAUCAUUUUUAGAACUUGGGAAACAUCUACAGUGUCAAUCUUGAUCUUGUUGCAUAGUGAGAAACUGGCUUACAGCCCCCAUAUACUAGGAGGAUGUGACCAUACUUUUUGUCAGUCAUGCACCAACAUCCACUGUGGAAAACCCUGCCCAGCUUGUGGUGUUGUAUCGUUGCCAGACACCUGUAGACCAGAUACCUUAAUUAAAAACCUUAUAGAAGCCUACCUGCCUAUGGCUGAAUAUCUUGGAAUCGAUAUAACAGCGACAAUUCAAAAUGAUAUUCAUAGUAAUAAGGAAUCAAGCCAGAAGCUGGUACCAGCAACACCAUCAUCAAUAAUCAAUAACCCUGUUAAAACAAAAAAAAAUACACUUAAAACUGAAAAUGUUGCAAUUCCUGUUCACACAGUCAAGAGGUGUGGAAGGACAGGAAGCCUCAAUGAAAGUUUAAAUACUUCAGUCAGUGGAACAUGUGCCUCAAGAAUAGACAAACGUAAUGUGAAGGGUGAAACUCAAUUGCAUGUGGCUUGCCUUAAACAGGAUGUACAAAGAAUCAGAGAACUGUUAGAACUCGGGGCUAAUCCGAACACGCAAGAUAAUGCCGGAUGGACACCCUUGCACGAAGUAGUCAGCUGCGGGAACGAGGAGAUAGUAGCUCUGCUCGUGGAAAAUGGGGCAAACCCCAAUAUUCCUGGCGGCCAGAAUGAGACAUCCCUUCACGAUGCCGUUGCUUGUAACCGAACCAAUAUUGUCCGGCUCCUCGUGUCACACGGCGCAGAUGUGAACGCCCGAAACAGUCGUGGGCUCACUCCAAAAGAUCUAUGCUCAAAAGACAAUGAAGAUAUAACUGCUGCUCUCCAAACUUCGAUGAUCAUCCCAGCAACUCCUAGCAAUCCCGAUCGAACCAACGUCCGUACAACUUUACAGACAAUUUGUCUUUUUGUUUUAAACAUGGGGAAAAAAUCUUACCCUGGACUAAGCAAACUUGCACGCAAUCUUAAUUUCAAGAUAGCCACUACCUAUUCCAGCUCAGUCACUCAUUUAGCUGUCCGGUUGGAUGAUCCUAUUAACGCAAUCAAGGCUAACGCGCAUUUCUACUCUGCCGUCCUUCUAGGCCAGUUUAUAGUUGAUUUUAAAUGGAUAGAGGAAAGCGCAAAGUUGGAACGUUUGACAGAUGUUUGCCAAUAUGAAAUUGACGGAACUUUGAAUAAGGCACCGGCGGGGGGAGCUCUCAGUCGGUUAAAUGUCGCUAACCAAUUACCCGGUCUGUUCAAUAAUUGCUUCUUCUACCUCAACGGCCUGUUCUCCACACCUAGCAAGGCCGACAUUACGCAAUGGAUCAAGCACGGUGGUGGUACAUUGCUGACGCGUAGUCCAAAUCCGGAGAGCAUCUCUCCUUGUAAAAAGAUCCCGUAUCACGCCUCCCCUACCAGUCCAUUGGCCCAGUGCUCCCAUUUCAUUCUGUAUGAUUCUAGGGCCAAGACGCAGCCAACUCUCAAGUAUAACAUGUCUCACGUAAAAUCACUUUCCGUUGAUUGGCUAGUGGCGUCAAUCGAGAAUUUUUCUCUGGUCGAUCCUUUCGGAUUUUGAUUUCUUCCUCAGAAGCUACUUUCGCAGUAAAAAAAAAGAUUAGAAAAAUUAAAAUAAA